AUGUCGAACACGUUCAUUGCUGGAGUUACCGCCGUUUCAGGUGUCGCUAUUCUUGGAUGCCUCUUGUUUUUGGGUUCCAUUUAUCAAGAUAUCAAUGGACUCUACGAUGAUGUUAUGGGAGAUAUGAAUGACUUCCAGACAUUUGCCAACGAUGCGUGGGACUCGAUGAUCACAAUGAAUCAACCAGUCCGACACCUGAAUCCAGCUACCAUCUUCGGACGUAACAAGAGACAAGCCUCCUGCAACUGCGGAACUCAGCCAAACAACUGCCCAGCUGGACCACCAGGACCACCAGGAGCGCCUGGAGACCAAGGACAUGAUGGAGAGCCAGGACAACCAGGAAGCGCUGGACAAAACGCCGUGGUUGCCAGCAUCGCUGCUUCCACCUCUGAAUGCAUCCCAUGCCCAGCUGGUGCACCAGGACCACAAGGACCAGAUGGAGUUCCAGGAGCUCCAGGACCAAACGGACAGCCAGGCAAAGACGGAUUCCCAGGACAACCAGGAGCUCCAGGAGCACCAGGACCGCAAGGAGAUGCUGGUGCCCCAGGAAACGAUGGACAACCAGGACAAGAUGGACGUCCGGGACAGAACGGUCGCCGUGGACGUGGAACUCCAGGAGCACCAGGAGCCCCAGGAGCCACAGGAGCUCCAGGAAACAACGGACAGCCAGGACAAGAUGGAGCUCCAGGACAAGCCGGUGCACCAGGACCAGCUGGAUCUGACGGACAACCAGGACAAAAGGGAGGAGACGGACAGCCAGGAGAGAACGGACUUGAUGGAGUUCCAGGAACCGAUGGAGCUUACUGUCCAUGCCCAGCCAGAAGUGGACCAGUUGAGGUCGCUCCAGCUCGUCCGGACAAAUUCAGAAGACGUUUCUCUAACUAG